GGAAUUAUUUUGCUGAAGGACUGGGGAAAAGAUCCUAACGUGCCUCCAUGCUCAUCAAAGUGGGGAUGAAAGCUAACAUUUAAUCCAUUCAAACACAAGAAGUCCCCGUUCAGGCGCCGAAGAUAUGGCUUCAAUGAGCUAUGGCGCGUGUGUCCUCUAUCAGAGGGCGGCUGUUGUGAAGAUGAUGUGCAGGGGAAUGAGUGCAUCUGCUAACCAGCAGUCACAGGUAGAUUUCCUAAAAGGAGAACCACACAAGAAGCACCCGGGUUUGACCAACCUGAAAACUCUGUGCCUACCGGAAGAACUUCAGACGGCUGCACGGUCCAUUAUUCAAGGAGCUCGGGUGACGAAGCUGACCGACCGCGCUCUUAGCCUCACAAACUUCCUGUGGAGCAGAAAAAGUGCCGUCGACGAUUCGACUCUGAGGAAAAAAGCCGUGACCCUGGAGAAAGAAUUACGGAAGACGGCGAUGGAGACGAGAGGGGAUGUAGAUGAACAAUUACUGGAAGACCACAUCCGGAAGAAAGUGUUUUUAGAGCUCAAAAGAACGACAUACCACUGGACUAACAUGAAGUAUGAUGAAGAGUUAGCUGUGGUGUACAUGGCGGCUCGGAUGGCUGGGGGCUAUGCAGCAGUGAGGAGAGCUAUAAAUGAGAUAAAGAAGAAGGAUCCGUCUUUUGCUCCUCAGUCUCUCCUGGAUUUUGGUUCAGGGCUGGGAACAGUUGUGUGGGCGUCACACUCGUGCUGGGGCGACACGUUGAAGGAGAUGGUGUGUGUGGACAGCUCUGGGCCCAUGAACAUUUUGGCAGAACGACUUCUCAAAGGAGAUGACGAAGAAGCUGAAGCUCACAUCAAACAAGUGUAUUUCAGACAGUUCCUCCCGGUCUCUCCCAAGGUGCAGUUCGACUUGGUGGUCGCAGCCUUCACCCUGUCGGAGCUUAGAAAUGUGAAGGAGCGAGAAGACGUGGUGUUAACUCUGUGGAGAAAGACGAGCUCGUACCUGGUGCUGGUGGAAAAUGGGACUAAAGAGGGCCAUCAGAUGCUUAUGGAGGCCAGAGAUACUUUAUUAAAGAACCAAGACAAGAGUUUCCAUGACCCAGAGCCAGCAGCAGUGUUCGCUCCGUGUCCCCAUGAACUGAAGUGUCCUAAACUGGCCUCUAAGAUCACCACACCCUGCAACUUCCAGCAGAUGUACCAGCCUCUGCCUCUGCCCAGGCACAAAAACCAGCAGACGGAGAAGUUCAGCUACCUGAUUCUGACUCGGGCAGAACAGACGGCGGAGGCAGAGUCAGUCAGCGUGGACUGGGCCAGGCUGAUCGCACCGGUGCAGUGCAGAACAAGACACGUGCACUGUCGAAUGUGCUGCCCUGACGGACAACUACAACACCUGGUGGUGACGACACGAAAACACAGCAGAGAUGUUUACCGCUGUGCCCGGAACAGUGAUUGGGGAGAUCAACUGCCAAUCAUUCAGGAAGUCGUCGACGACGUCGCGAGUGAUUCAGAGUUAUGAUUCAGCGACGAAGAGAACCAUUUUGUUUUUUUUUUAUACUUUUGAAACUCCCUAAAACUGCCGACUCCUCAUGUUUUGGUUGAACAGAACAUCUGCGUGUCUUCACUAGAAUUGUUAAAAUACUGACUCAUGUGAUAACCCUCGGAUUACUUUAAUAAAAAGUCAUAACUUCA